UCACCUCCUUCUUACAUUCCAAUUCACAAUCCAAACCCAAAAAAAAAAAGGAAAAAAAGAAAAGGAAAACAUUACAACAUUGUGUGUGUGUGUUUAAUUUUUAUUUGAAGGAUCUCUUGUAUUGUGGCCCCAUUUUUGAUAUAUCAGCAACGUAUAACAAAAAAAUGUUUCAAGAAAUGGGCAUGUCUAAAGACAACAUAAGGGGCCUCAUAUUAGCCCUUGCUUCCAGUUUUCUCAUCGGCACCAGCUUCGUCGUCAAGAAGAUCGGUCUUCGAAAGGCCGGGGCCUCCGGUGUAAGCGCAGGUUUAGGAGGCUUUUCUUAUUUGUAUGAACCAUUGUGGUGGAUUGGAAUGGUUGCUAGUAUUUUGGGUGAGACAGCAAACUUUGCUGCAUAUGCAUUUGCUCCUGCAAUUCUUGUGACUCCAUUGGGAGCUAUGAGUAUAAUUGUCAGUGCAGUUUUAGCUCAUUUUGUUUUGAGUGAGAAAUUGCAUGUAUUUGGGAUUGUUGGUUGCAUUCUAUGCAUUGUUGGUUCUACAAACAUUGUCCUUCAUGCACCAAAAGAGAGAGAGAUCACUUCUGUCAAAGAACUCUGGCAUCUUGCUACUCAGCCAGGAUUCAUUGUAUAUUCAAUUGUGGUUGUUGGUUUGGUUCUGCUCCUAGUCUUCAAAUAUGCCUCUAAAUAUGGUAACAAAUAUCUGGUGAUAUAUGUUGGCAUCUGUUCAUUAAUGGGUUCUCUCACAGUAAUGAGUGUGAAGGCAUUGGGCAUUGCCUUAAAGCUAACUUUUAGUGGCUCUAAUCAGUUCCUCUAUGCUCAGACUUGGUUUUUUGCAUUUGUUCUUAGUGUUUGUGUUAUCAUGCAGCUCAAUUUCCUCAAUAAGGCAUUGGACAUCUUUAACACUGCUGUUGUGUCACCUGUCUACUAUGUGAUGUUCACCAUUCUAACAAUCCUUGCUAGCAUGAUCAUGUUCAAGGACUGGUCUUCACAAGAUGCAAUGGAAAUAGCAACAGAAAUAUGCGGCUUGCUUACAAUUAUAUCAGGGACUUACCUUCUCCACAAGACGAAUGACAUGGGUGACAGCAAGACCAGCCUCGAUCCAUCAAACGGAAGGGCAAACGGUUUAACGACUCCAACCAGUUCACAAAACUCGCAUUGAUCUUGUCUAGCCAUACUGCAGUACUUUAGCAUCUUUCUCAUGCUCGAUCUCCAUCUCUUAUCUGCAAGUUAGAAGCACCUGGGGAUAACAAUUGUUGAUCAUGCAUUUCAUGCUAAUGCUAGAUAAUAGUGUGUUCAAUUUUGCAAAUAUAUAUCAUACGACCUCUAACCGUCAGAAUUUAAAAACUAAAAUAAUGAUGGGAGAUUGUCCUCAGAUGAUUGGGACACACAGAGCAAUGUUGUCAUUCAUGCUGUUAAAUUUCAGUUCUUGGAGAUGUUACAUAGCUAUCAUAUUCAUGCUAAGAAGUGGGAGUGAUGCUAAAGUAUGUACUUCGUAUAUGUUGUAAACCAAUGUGCAAUUGGAACUGAUAUCCAAAGUUGAGAUUGUCUGGAAUUUUUUAUGAUUCCUCAUGUUAUGUUUGCAAAUUCAUUCCAAGUCUGUGUCCUACUA